AUGUCAGCUCCCGACAGCCGUUUUCUUGUCAUGGAUUUGCCGCCUGAAGUUCUACUCAUGGUCUUCAACUAUGCAAGCCAGCCUCGGGAGAUUGAAGAGGGCGAGCUCGAGAAUGAAGCUUCCGAGGCGAUGGUCUAUCACGCGCAGCACGUUGCAGAGACUACUGCGUCGACACUUCCUUUUGUGUGUCGACGAUGGCUCGACGUCGCCGCCAUGGAGCCAGCUUACUGGAAGAACCUGGACAUCAACAUCGAUGGCCCUUCAUUUAUCCCCACCGUCAUAGAAACAUUCUUCAUAGCCUCCAGAGAUUCUCCUAUUGCAGUGACCAUUGCCCCUCCUCUAGGCAGCCUAUGCUCGCUCACCGCAUCUCAGGAGCACGCGCGGUGGCAGUUCAUCAUGAAUCACAUGUCACCGCAUCUCGGGCGGCUGACACGCCUCUGCAUCACAACCUACUACCGCUCUACGACUGUCCUUAUCAGCCGUUUUCUAGACGGUGCUACCCUGUGCCUCGACGAAUUAAAACUUACCUCACGGCGAACGGACGACACCUCUCCGCUUCAGAUUACCUCACUGAACCUUGCUUCAAGUCGCCUGAAUGAACUAUAUGUCGACGCGGGGAGCUUUGUCGACCUGAUGGACGCCAACAUACAAUGGCCGUCCGACGAGCCAUCUGAAUUAAACCUCAAAAGAUAUCGGCCAACUUCGCCUGCUCUCGCGCUGAGCCCGGCACGGCUCAUGGCCGCCUUGCAGAAGUUCGAACAAGGUCGUUCGUGGUACCAACUCGCAAUCGACGACGUCCAGUUUGACCCGCACGAUCCCCCUCCCGAUGAUAUCGCCCUCCGAGAAGUGUCGCAUAUUGAGCUCGUUGACCUUGAUGGGCCGUUUAUGCCGAUGAUCUGCGAGGCUGCGAGGCGGUCCUCCCGCCUUGACAGCAAUAUGGAGACCAUGUCGAUCCUCGAGCAGUUGCUAUCAAGGGUGGUAGAUAUUUCAUCCCUGGGGGCAGGUAUAUAAAUUCUCAAUUGCCACUGAUUUUCGAUGAUGCGUUUCCUGGCUAGGAGUGAGCCGUUUCUGGAACUUUCAAAGGUGCUGACGCAUCUUUGCUACGAUUGCUUUCCAUGCACACUUUCACUGACCAUGUCUGAUCUGGGAUGGUCCAUUUUGCCUCCGGGCCGGUCAAGCGGACAUUUCAAACUCCGCAUGUCCCUUUCGCCUCGCGGCGUUGAACUUGAACGUUUUCUGAAGAACAACGUUGCACUUCAGCUUCAGCUUUCAUUGUAGCUUGGAAAGACUCGUUCCUGAUUAACUGAAGAAGCCUGUAGCAUCAAGCACUCGAACCAAACUCGAACAUCUUAAAAACGCGACGCAUUCUUGUUCCAUACUACAAUGUCAACAGCUACCACCCGCGAU